AUGACUGGGACACCUGAGCCUAAUGAUGUCCAUUCAUCUGAUGAUGAGGCGAGCUUUGCAGAACUUCAACAUAAAAUGCCUCUAGAUCCGUUGCAAGCUAUACUGAUGUCUUCCAAGGCAAGGGCUAAAUGCCGUAUCGCUGCCUUAGAAGAAGAACUUGAGACUAUGCGGCAAGAGAGAGGAGGCAAGCAGAGAAAGACAACCUUCUAUGUUUCACAAGGCCGGGCAAUUCGUCGACUGGCUGUCCUCUACCACAGCUUGGAAGACUUAAUUGCAGAGAACAAUCGCAGGUACGAGUUUCACUCAUCCUUGGAAACAACUUCAGAUAAUUCUACAACACAGGCAAGAUCAUUUGCAGCGUGGCUAUAUUGA